UUGAUCGGUCGUGUCUGUUCCUUUGCAUUGCGGCUUGCCAUGAUUUUAGUGCAAAGUUGUCAAAGGACAAAUAGGCAUGGACGCCGACUUGAGUUUCUCUUCUCGUCGGUCACCUGUGCUAUGUUUACACGGCUGCGUGGCGUCCAGCCAGCCCCUCGCUUCCGCUGUAGGAUUGGAUGUUCUGAAGCGUGGUGGCAAUGCUGCAGAUGCUGCGGUCGCCAUAGCAGCAGCUCUGGCAGUUACAGAGCCAUGCAGUACCGGUGUUGGUGGCGAUGCCUUCUGCCUGUUCUUUAACGGCAACACCGGCGAGAUCAGCGCGAUAAACGGCAGUGGUCGUUCUCCCAAAGGUCUGACUUUAGAAUUCCUGAUGGGUCGCAAGUACAGCGCUGAGGUCCCUCUUCCUGUGUUUGAUGCCCUGAAUGUUACUGUGCCGGGGGCCCCUGCGUGCUGGUGCGACACCGUACAGAUGUUUGGUAGUCACAAGCUGUCCUUACAUGAGGUGCUCAAUGGGGCAGUGCAACUGGCUGAGGUGGGGUUUCCUGUUGCCGAAGUCACAGCUCACCUCUGGUCACACUGGGUGUCUGAGCUGCGAGAUGCUGGAAAGGAACUUGGCGGAGACCUGCUGAUUGAUGGUCAUCCUCCCAAACAUGGACAAGUAUUCCGUAACCCGGCCCUAGCACGAACUCUGACGGAGUUGGGGGAGCGUGGAAAGGAAGCGUUCUACCAGGGCAGAGUUGCCCAAGCCAUCAUUGACAUCAUCAUCCAACAUGGAGGAGUCAUGACCUUGGACGACCUCAGCAGCCAUGACUCUGAUGUUGUCACUCCCAUCAGCGCAAAAUACAAGGGUGUGUGCCUAUGGGAGUCUCCUCCUAACAGUCAAGGGUUGGCUGCCCUGCUGUUGCUCAACAUCCUGGACAACUUCCCUCUCAAAGCUUUAGGUCAUAAUAGUGCAGACUACAUCCAUAUUUUGGUGGAGGCUUUUCGCUUGGCACUAACAGAUGCUAAAAGCUAUGUGGGCGACCCAGACCAUGUGACCAUUCCACUACGAAACCUAUUGGACAAAAGGUUCAGCAGCCAGCGAGCCCACCUCAUCAACAUGGACAGGGUCAUGCAAAGUGUAGAGCCUGCCCUGAUGACAGAAAGUGACACAGUCUAUUUCUGUGUGGUUGACAGUCAGGGGAAUGCCUCUUCUUUCGUCAACAGCACGUAUAUGGGCUUUGGGACCGGGCUUGUCCCAAAGGACUGUGGUUUCUCUCUUCAGAAUCGUGGGGCCAGCUUCUCGCUUCUUCACAACAGUGUUAAUUGUGUGGCUGGGGGGAAGCGGCCCUUCCACACCAUAAUACCUGCACUCCUUACUACCUGUGCAACUGAGUCCCAAAAGCCGCAACUCCUUGCGUCCUUGGGGGUAAUGGGCGCUUUUAUGCAACCACAAGGACAUGUUCAGGUGUUGCUUAACAUGUUGGAGUUUGGGAUGAAUCCACAGCAAGCUCUUGAUUCACCAAGGGUCUUUGUAGAAUAUGACCUCAAAGAAAAUCAAUGGUCUGUGAAUUUGGAGGAGGGAAUUGAGCAGGAGGUGGCUGAGGAUCUAAGAAGUCGGGGUCAUAAAGUCAACUGGCCUGUCACAGGCCACAAGAGGUCUCAGUUUGGGAGGGGUCAGAUCAUCACAAUAGGGGAUUGGUGGAAUCCAUCUACCAAUCACAGCGAUCAACCAACCAGGGUGUUGUGGGCAGGAUCAGACCCCCGAUCAGAUGGAUGUGCUAUGGGAUUCUAGACUGCUUCAAGUAACUUGUUACUGUAGUAAACAAUGACCUCAUUCAUUCAACCACAGAUUUAAGUUCAAUUUAGAUUUAGAUUUUCAGAUUUAAGUUCAAUUUAUGCCAAUUUCACAUGCAUCCCGGGUAAACUGGUGCAUCAGAGGCAGUUGACAGGAGAGCCAGUAUUAAUCACUUUGCAUUUCCUGUUCCAUCCCUGUGCACCUCUGAUACUACUUUGAAAGCCAGCAAAUUCCCAGGUCUACUUCAACCCUACUUCCCACAUCAGUAUCUUACAAGACAGCAAGAUGGAAAAAAGCAGUGAAAAUUCUUAGAUAGCCUGUAUAAAAGCGGAUAUUGAUUAAAAAUCAGAGAUGCUCUUUGCUGCUAGCUGGGAAUUGGAACCAUGAAGUGCAAUUUGAUGAUGUCCAUUGGCAGAAUGCAGAUAAUUUAGGAUUACACACAGUGUGACGACAUUGCAGUAAAGAUUUGUUUUUAAAGAAAAUUAUGUCUUAAAAUAUAUUCAGAAAUACAUGUACCCCGAUGAGUACAUCUACUGAGUGCUACGGUGUGUGAUGUAAAAGUAGUACAGAAAUAAUCAAUUCAAUAAACAUUAACAUGUUUCACCAAACCUGUUGUAUUGUUGUAAAUUAAAGUUCUCAUUGCGAACUAGUGCACAUCAUGUAAAUGAAUUUUGUUCAGUGGAGAUAAUAAACCAUCCAUUCAUGAGCUAAUCCUCGUCUCUGGAAAUCUCAAACCUACAGCAGACUACACCCUGGUCUCCAAUCACAGAGCAUAUAGACAUAGACAACCCAUCACACUCGCAUUCAUACCUGUGGUCAAUACUCCUAUUUCUUUUCCUUGCUAUGCAGAUGACAGUCAGAUCUAUGCCCCCCUUAAAAAGUCAGACUCUUACUGUGCUAAGCCAUUGCUAGAGUGCUUACAUGAUAUUCAGGCCUGGAUGCAUGGUGAAAUCUGUCUUUUUCCAGUUAAGGCAGCUAGCAAAACUCAAACCGGUCCUUCAGAAACAGCACUUUGGAAUAGUAAUCCACGCCUUUGUGACCACAGUGCUGGAUUACUACAAUGCCCUAUAUAUAUGGGGGUCAGUGGGUCCUCCAUUGCUUGUAUGCAACUGGUUAAAAAUGCUGCGGCUCGGCUUUUAACUUGUACAAGAAAGUAUGAGCAUAUAUCACUUAUUUUAGCUUCACUCCACUGGCGGCCUGUUCGUUUUACGAUUCAUCUAAAAAUUCUUUUAUUUGCUUUUAAAGC